AUGCUCUUGGAAGAACAGCGCCGCAUCCACGAGGAGUUGGAGCGCCUCGAGGAUGCAUGUGCCGACCUCCUGCUCGAGGACCCACCACAUGUACGUCUUCUCCCGGUACCCGUCGCGUUCAUCGUACUGACCUCGCUCCAGAUCCGCGACCGCCUGGCACGUGAUCAUGAUAUUGCGAAAUAUCUCCAGCAAAUCGAAAGCCUAUCGCGCCGCUUACUCGCCAUCUACGAGGAUAAGGACCACGCGCUCGAAGAGGAAUUGCGCAACCUCACUCUCGGUGAACAGCCCAUGGAGUCGUUCAUGACCGAGAUCGCGGCCAUCAAGGAGCACCAUCGCCGCUACCCCAAUGAGCCCGUCGAGAACCUCGAGAAGGCGUACAAGAAGCGAUCGCCAGAGGACCGCGGCCCUUCAAUUGCUUUCGUUGACUCCAUGUUCACUGGCGAGGAAGGCUCUGGGCGCUACUUUGACCUCACCAUCCUGCACGAUCAGUAUCUGAACCUGCCCGUUCAUUCGCAUUCGCGCCGCUUGACCUACCUGCAAUACCUCGACCUCUUCGACGCAUUCUCUCCGCCACAAAACAACAUUCGUCGCGACCAGAAGAAGUCGGAGUCUUACUUCCAAUACCUCAAAGCGUUACAAGAUUAUCUCGAGCAGUUCAUGCGCCGAACGAAGCCUUUGGAGAACCUUGACAAGCUCUUCGCUAACUUUGACAAGGAGUUUGAGGAGCUGUGGGCAAAGGAUGAGGUUCCGGGUUGGGAGAAGAUCGCGCCGGCAUCGGCCGAAACCAACGGUGAUGCGCAAGGCGAUGGCUUCUGGUGCUCGGCCUGCAAAAAGGACUUUGCCAAAGAGUCGGUCUACACUGCGCAUUUGACGGGCAAGAAACACAAGAAGGCGAUGCAGGAGAACCAAGACGCGCCAACAAACGGUGCGGCUGCCAAAACCAACGGCGCAUCAUCGGACCUUCAGCGCUUCAAGGAGCGCGCUGUCGCUGAACGGGAGUUCAGGAUCAAGAAACUGGCUGCGGCCAUGCAGACCGAGCGCAGCGAUACCAAGGUCAACGUCGAGCGAAAGCAGGGCAUGACUGAACGCGAGCGCCAGCAAGAGCUUGAGCAGCUGUACUCCGAGACGCCCACCGGCGGAGAGAAUGAGGAGCAGCACGACUCUGAUGGUGAGGAUAAGAUCUACAACCCACUGAAGCUCCCUCUUGCAUGGGACGGCAAGCCCAUCCCCUUCUGGCUGUACAAGCUUCACGGUCUGGGUGUAGAGUUUCCCUGCGAGAUCUGCGGUAACUUCGUCUACAUGGGAAGGCGCGCGUUCGACAAGCACUUCAACGAGCCUCGCCACAUCCACGGUCUCAAGUGUCUGGGCAUCACAAAUACCACACUGUUCCGGGAAAUCACCAGCAUCCAGGAAGCCGAGACCCUGUGGAAGAAGAUCCAGAAGGACAAGAAGAAAGAAAAGAUGCAGGCGGAGAACGUGGUAGAGAUGGAGGACAACGAGGGCAACAUCAUGCCUGAGAAGGUCUAUAAAGAUUUGGAAGCUGCGGGUUUGCUGUGA